AUGUCCUUUCCAGACACUGAUGGAAAUGAUGCCAUUAUGGUUGGCCUAGAUGAUGUUCGUGACUUCAACGUGGACAACAUCCUUCCUCUCCCUCCCGCCGACAUUGUUGAGAUCAGGAAAUGGCUUCAGCCAACCGCAUAUAACCUAGAGAGAAGUGAAUACUCUAGACAUCGUCUCUCAUACCUUGCGGGAACGGGAAAGUGGCUCACCUCUACAACAACAUUUCAACAGUGGGACCAAGGCGACGAAGGUGGGCUGUUGUGGGUCAAAGGUAUCCCAGGCUCCGGCAAGUCUGUCCUAGCUGCUUCAAUCAUCAAUCAGUUACAAAAGGAUGGCAUUCCUGUCAUAUAUUUCUUUUUCAGACAGAUCAUCGAUGCCAACCAUCAGCCAGUGUCUGCUCUGCGGGAUUGGUUAUGUCAACUUUUGGAUUACAGCCCUGCCCUGCAAGUCAAGCUGAAGAAUUAUAUUGACGACUACCGUGAUUUGGACAGCUUGUCCCCAACCGAUCUCUGGAAAGACCUGAAGCUAGCACUGGCCACAUUCCCCAAGGUCUACUGUGUCACAGACGCUUUGGAUGAGAUGGACCAGGGGAAUGAUGAGUUCCUCCACGCUUUGGUGGAUUUGGGCCAGUGGCGCCCGUCUAAUGUCAAGGUUUUCAUCACGUCGCGCCCAGUAUCAAUAGUAGAGAAUUCUUUGAGGUUAUUCUCCAUUCCCCAGAUUCGACUGGAAGAGAAACGCGUCGAUCUCGACAUCGCAGCCUAUGUACAAUACAAACUUCGUCACUCAUCGAUCGCCCCUGAAUCCUGGAGUGUCAUAGAGGAAGCCAUUCCUGGUCGGGCGAAUGGGCUGUUCUUAUACGCCAAGCUUUCAAUGGAUGCAUUUCUUGAGCCAGGUGCCGACGCAAAUGAGGUGCUCAAGGCAUUGCCGGCUGACCUGAACGUCAUGUACAAUAAUCUGUUGCACGAGCAUGCAAUACGCUCGGCUGUUCCCGAAGAUUUGCAAUUUCUUGUGUUGCAGUUUGUCACCCAUGCCACACGCCCACUCCGUAUUCUCGAGAUCGCUGAAAUGGUGAAAAGCGUCCAAGGUCCAACUACAGAUCGCAGUCUGAAAGAUACAAAAGACUUGGUGCGAGCCGCUUGUGGCCCGCUGCUCGAAAUUCUCCCUGAUGAGACGAUCUCGGUCGUUCACCACUCAUUCACUGAGUUCUUGAAAGGAUUCACUCGUUCAAGCGAGUCGGAUGAUACGACAUAUCCGAUCCUUCAACCGGGCUCAACGAACAAAUGCCUGGCUAUUGCGUGCCUGGAGUAUCUCAUGUCUGGCUGCCUAGUCGAUCACCAAAUGAAGGAUACUACCGACAAAUGGGAAUAUGUAAACCCUAAAGGCGACGAGCUACGAGAACUGAAGCUCCGGUUCCCGUUCCUAGAAUAUGCAGCGCAUAAUUGGUAUAUUCACAUCCGUCGUGCAGUUUCAGCGGGUGAAGAUAUGGCACUCGUCUACACUAUGCUUGAUGGUUUCUUUGCGAAAAGGCGGGAGUUUACCACUUGGCGAGUUUUGGCAUGGCCUAAAGCUGAAACCCGGGGCAUCACCACGCUUCAUGUCGCUGCGUGGGCUGGCUUGGCUGGAUACGCCGCACACUUGCUUGAAAGAGGAGAUACCAUAGAAACGCGAGAUGCUUGCGAAAAUACAGCCUUAUACUGGGCUGCCACUUCCGGCCACGACGACGUGGUACAGGUUUUGCUUGCCAACGGAGCCGACCCCAACGCAGAACAUAAGGAAGGAUACAACGCACUGCAUAUGGCAGCUAAAAAGAAUCACGCUGCAGUGGCUAAACUUUUGCUUACUGCUGGCGUUGACCCGCUCACCCCCAAGACGAAAGAGGAACCCGGAAUGAGGUGUGGGAACGCACCUACAUCACGCGGAAAUACACCUCUCAUGUACGCAUGUGAUAAUGGCCAUGUGGAGACGGUAGCCGAGUUCCUACCUUUUUUGAAAAGCAUUCACACAUGUCAGCAAGCCCUUUGCUGGGCGGCGAAUGCGGGGCAAUGUGCAGUGGUUGAGUUGAUCAUUCAACAUCCAGGUGUUGAUGUGAACGGGACAUGCCGAGGGGCGACUGCUCUCUUUGCAGCUUGUCGCGGUCGCGGAGAUGUAAACACCAUUCGUGCAUUAUUGCGAGCGGGAGCCGAUCCAAACAUAUUGUGUGCACACACAAGAAAAAUGUUUCCUAGGUACAUGCUCAGGUCAGACAAUGAUACGGAUCAAGAUCCUACAAGGGGGAAUACCGCAUUACAUGCACUUUGUGGAUACGGCAAGAGAAGAGGCACUGUCUCGUCAGCGAGCGUGGAUUCUCUGCUUCAGGCAGGGGCCAAUGUUCAUGUACGAAGUCCUGCCGGCGUAACGGCCCUGCACUAUGCCUGCGAUUACCACCAAGCGGAUGUGGUCAAGAUGUUACUCGAAGCUGGGGCAGAUCCUACGGCAGAAGACGAUUCCGGGGCUACACCAUUACACACAGAAGGAAAUAGAGACGAAGAACUGCUUCCCGUGCUUUUGGGCACAGGAACAGUCGAUAUCAACAAGGCCAUUGGGAAAACUAAAAUGACCCCAUUGUUAUUUCGGCUUCAGGGCUUUCAUAUGGACCGAGUUUUUGCAUUCUUGGAGUAUAAGCCUGAUGUCAAUAUCGCUGACAUCUCGGGCAAUGGUCCGCUACACAAGGUUCUCGCGGACUAUAAGGCUCACGGUGGUGUUAUCGAUGCCUUGAUAUCUCUGGGCGCCAAUCCAAAUGCGAUGAACAAUGAAGGAAAUACCCCGUUGCACACCAUGAAUGGUCAACAUAGCCCAUUCAUUUCCAAGUUCGUUGAUGCUGGUGCAGACCUCGAAGCUCGAAAUCACGAUGGCUAUACAGUUCUUUUCAAACAUGCAAACGAUGAGCCCUUUCAGACAUUGAUUGAUCUGGGCGCUCGCCUCGAUACGCGGGACUCUACUGGCCGAACUCUGUUGCAUCGCUGUUGCACAAACACCGAUCGCUUGGACUAUCUGAUAAGCCUCGGCCUAGAUCCUUUGGCCACAGAUCAUCAAGGGAACUCCCUUAUGAUGGAAGUUGCCGCUACCAAGAACUGCAAACAGCCUGCUAUCAUGAAACAUCUGGUAGCACUGGGUUUGGACAUAGAUCAAGCAAACCAUCGUGGGAGGACCGCUCUUCAUGCCCUGUGUGCUGUGUUCAAGCUUUCAUCCUCGUCAGAAGAAGAAGAUGGCCUGGAUUAUCUGCUUGGAGUCUGCAAGAGCGUGAACUCUAGUGAUUGUCACGGUGUUCAGCCCCUGCACCUCGCCGCCACAAUAUCCGAGUCCCAUGUCCUGAAGCUUCUCAGUGCCGGUGCAGACAUGUUCAAAGUAACAAACGAAGGAAUGUCGGUGCUCCAUAUAGCAGCUCGCACCCGCCAGCCCAAUAUUGUGGCUCUCUUCUGCUCUAGGCUUAUAGCACUCGGGGCGGAAGUUCGAGCUGCAUUUGUGAACCAACAGACCACCAAAGGGGAAACAGCCCUCCACUAUGCUUGCCGUUCGGGUCGCCCUGAGACCGUCCAAGAAUUGCUCGAAGCCGGCGCCGAUCCCACCAUACUGGACAGUGGAGAUCGUUCACCUUUCAGAGCAUGUGCGCAGUUUGAGACAGAAGAACAACUAUGGAGCGGUUAUAGGAAGGUAGUGCGGAGGGACUACCUCCAUGCCGCCGGCAUCCUAGAUACGGAGCAUGAUACAGUUCGCCUGGAUGAGAUUCUCGAUUUACUUGUUCGUCAUGGAGCCCUCUCUCCCGGUAAGGAUUGUCUCCAAAGGACGUUUGAUGAAGCCAUUUCGAAUCGGUACGAAUACACUCUGGAUGCUCUCUCACGAUUGCAAUCUCGCCUUCCUGACGUGAAAUCAUAUCACCCCUAUGGGCUCAGCUAUCUCAUUUGCAAAGGCCGUCUGGAUGCGACAAAACAAGCGUUUAGAGAGCACGACGGACGUGACCCUACAUUAUUCACUGGACAUGAUUACACCUCCUUUAUGACAAAGUUAAUGUUCGCCAGGCAGUACGACCUGUUUGAAGAGGGAGCAGGGAAGAAGCUUAGUGUCUCCAAACUCAGUCGCUCCGAUGCCUCUUUAAUGCAUCGUCUUGUGGGCUGGGGAUAUAAAGAGCUGCUGGAACGUGUUUGUGAUAAGGAUGCCGCACUAAGGUUUGAUGACCACAAAUGGUGUCGAGAGGCAGAAAAGGAACAAGAAUGCGUUGUGGGAUCUACGCAGCCUCUGCUGGUGACUGCAUGUGAGCGCAAUUUGCCCAAUAUGGAUGUGGUGGAAUUCCUUGUUGAGAAGGUCGGCGUCAACCUUAACGCCCAAUUCAGAAGCAGCCCAGUAUGGGAGGGUACGAAAACGGCCGGAGGGGCCCUUCAUAAGCUCGCGGUCGGGCGCAGUUGGUGGCAAGUUUACAAAGCAUUGCCGUAUUUGAUCAAAAAGGGGGCAGAUCUUGAGCUGCGUAGUGAGGAUGGAGAGACACCAUUACAUGCAGCCAUGAAUCCCAAACAUGGUCCCUUCCGCAGAGAUGCCGUGGAGGUUCUCAUUGAGUGCGGCGCAGAUGUCAAUGCCGUGGAUGACAAGGGAGAGACAUGUUUGUCAAAAGCCGGUAAUGAUCUAGAGAUGACCAGGCUACUCAUGGAUCACGGCGCCCAUAUUAGUGCAGCGGCCAUUUUCUCUGCGAUUGCAAUGGGCGAAAUUGAGAUAUUGGAAACAUUGCUGUCACAGGGUGAUUACGCAAAUCUCAGACGACCUGACCCAGUUACCCCUCGGGAAGAAAGCGAACUCGAGCUCAGUAUUCUUGAUUCCGAGGUCUCGCCUCUUCUCUCUGUCGCCAUACCUAAACUGCGGUCCAUCAAGUAUUACUAUAGUAAGCCACCAUCUCGCUCGAAUGUGGAUGAGGAUUUACUCGACGCCCGUAUCAUGACAAUACUACUCAAUCACGGCGCAGAUCCAUUUGGCACAUAUGUCGGGGAGCUCCCAUGUCCAGCAUUCUACAUGAAGGCAACAUACUCAAACCUGGGUGGGCCUGAUAUCUCGCACCCACGGAUUGAACCCCAAAGACACACUAUCAUCCAUGAAAUUCUGAAAUCAGAUCACAUAAGUGGGCCAUUCUUUCAAUUACCAUCGUUAGAGCUUGAGCGGCGGGAUUCAAGCGGUUGCACAUUGCUUCUUGCAGCUUCCCAGAGCGAGAAUACACUGAACACCAAGGUCGAUGUUAUUGAAGCUGGGACAACCAUUACGAAAACAAUUUUCCAAGAGCUCAUAGACCGUGGCGCAAAUGUCAUGGCACAGGACAACGAUGGCAAUACCAUCCUCCACCAUCUAGAAUCCUUCGAGGCCGACUCAGAGUUUUUCAAAACUCUCAAGGAAGUUAUCAUCAAGAAUCCGGGGCUUCUCAAUCAGCGGAAUAAGAAGGGUGAAAAUUUCUUUCACCGCAUCCUGAUUUUAGAAGACUUCGAUCUUAUCGAUGAUCUUCUCGAACUGGGUGCUAAUCCUCUCCAGCCAGACCCGAAUGGAAACACGGCGCUUCAUCACUUGGCUGAGCACCUCGACAAGACCCAGGCUCACUUCAAGCGAUUCCUAGAAGCGGGCAUAGAUAUCAACUCUCGUAACAACCAGGGCGACACACCUCUUUUCAAAUUUAUUGAGAGUGGUGUUGUAGCUUCUGGGAGCUACUGUGAUGACGAUUCUUAUGAAGAGGAGGAUGACCUCACCCGAGCCAUCUUCGACCUCUUCGACGAGGCUGGAGCUGACUUCUUCGCACAAAACAAUGCAGGCUCUUCAUUGCUCCAUGUGUUGGCCUCUAAGAAGGUAAGUGACUGGCGCGCUGAGAAAUCCUCUCACAAUCUGGUCCGGCGAUUCCAGAUUCUGAUGGAUCGGGGACUUGACCCUUUGGCUGAGGAUGCACGCCAGCGGACUAGUUUGGAUGUUGCUGUUGUUUGUGGUAGUGACCAUAUCAUGAAUUUAUUUGCGCGAAAGCCGAUGGAGUAG